UAAAGAUUUCAGAUGAGGUGCUGAGCGCAGGUUUAGUGUAACUUUCAGGAGCCGUGCCAUUCACAACGGAUACAAUGUGGACGUUUAUUUUGUCAGUCACCCUAUUGUCCGUUUUACAGAUUAAUUAUGUUGUGACUACAGGGUGCAGUAUUGUGUCAGUGACAUCUCCUUCAGCCUCAACUCUGAAAGUGGUAUGGAGCGGCUACAGUGGAGCUACAAACUAUGUACUGGACUUCAGAGUUGUGAACUCCACCAGUAUCGCUCCAGUGGUGGUGAUGCAGGGAUCGGAGAGUACGCAGAGACUGAUCCAGGGCUUAAGGCCCGGCCAUGUCUAUCAAGUCACACUGAAGGUCUUUAAUUAUUUUGCUGUGGUGUGCACAGACACUCAAGUAACCAUAACAGUGCCUGCCACAUCCCAGAUCACGUUUUCGAAAGCUAUUUCGAGUUCAUCUAUAAAGUUUGAGUGGUCCAGCGUGAUAGGGGCAGAAAGCUACAUCCUGUUUGUGGAGGAGCUGUUUAGUUCUCCUCUGAAGAGAUACAACCACACCUUCACAACCCUGCAUGGCCAAGUGGACGGCUUGACUCCCUCAACAACUUACAACUGCUACAUUUACGCAUCCAACAGUGCCGGCAAUGGUGCCAAAAGUAACACAAGGACAAUAAUGACGUUGGUGCAGCCGCCAACUGGAGUGGCUCUGGUAGCCACUGGGAAGAGCACAGCCAGAGUGACGUGGAACUCUGUGGAUAAAGUCCUGCUUUACCAAGUGACUGUGAGUGACAAUGACAACCCCAGCAACACGCCGGUCAUCAGGAACACCUCAAGCACAUCCAUGGAUAUAAGUAAUCUGGAACCUUGUUCCACCUACGUAGUGGGAGUAUCGUCAGUCAACGUUUUCUUGGAGCCUGGAGAAGCCGCAAAUGUCACACACACUACCUCCACUAUCAACCCGGUGACAACAGUCUCUGCGCAGUAUAGCUGCUCCGGUGGCAUGGUGACUGUAACUUGGGAUUUGGUGUUUGGGGCAAAUUUGUACAGGGCCACAGCUGUGGAUGGCACCGGAGCUUCCCUCAACUGUACGUCUGCUUCCACCAGCUGCCAGAUCACCAUGCUCAAAUGUGGUGAGAAGUAUCGCGUCCAUGUCACGGCCAUCUCUGAUGACUGCGAGAGCACCUCCAACGCUACCUCCUUGUUUGAGACGGUCCCCUGUGCACCAGCUAAUACUGAGACCAGCCACGAAUGCUCCAGCAAUGUAAUCGUCUUUAGCUGGGAGCCCACCAACAACACCUUCUACUACGUGGCCACGGCCAUAGACAACACCGGCGAAGAGACUGAGUGUAGGACAGUAGACAACAGGUGCAUCUUCACUAACACGGGCUGUGGACAGUACUACAAGUACAACGUGUACGCCGUCAGCUCCGAGUGCAACAGCGAAGUCAGCCAGUCCGAGUUUGUCCGGACAUCUCCUUGUCUACCAACAAGCGUGAGGACAGCGGCUGAGUGUCACUCUGACAUGCUGAUCACAACCUGGGACUCUGCGGCCGGAGCUCUCUCUUAUACUGUAGAAGCUCAGGGGAACACGCAACAAACCUACAAUUGCACCUCCUCCUCCAACAGCUGUGCAGUGACCGGCGUGCCUUGUGGUGAACAUCUCAGUGUGUGGAUCGUCGCCUCCAAUGACAACUGCUCCACUGACAAGGUGUUGGGAGAAGUUGCUCAGACAAUUCCUUGCACCCCCACCAACGUCUCAGCAUCAGUGGAGUGCAGCCUGGAUUCUGCUGUUGUCAACUGGACGACGAGCAUCGGUGCAAUAUUCUACAUUGCUGUUGCUCAAGAUACAAACGGAAAUGUUCACAGCUGCAAUUCAAUGGGCACCAACUGUCUGAUCGAAGGCCUAAACUGUGGACAGAAUUAUACUGCUAGUGUUAUUGGCACUAAUCUCAAGUGCAACAGCACCGUCAGUCAGGAGGUCACCUUUAUGACGGCACCUUGUCCUCCAACCAACAUUGAGGCCUUCAGAGACUGUGACGCCAAUCAUGCUCUGAUCGUGUGGCAGAACCAUCGGCCCACAGGCCUCUACACAGCCACGAUAGUGGAUCGGACCGGGGCUGAGCUCGACUGCACCAGCAGCACAGUGAACAACUGUAAAAUCCCCUCUCUGCCUUGUGGAAAGAAAUACAACGUCACCGUCACCUACCAUGAUGGAAACUGUCCGUCCACCUCGACCUCAAUAAGCAUGGACUCAGUGCCAUGUGGUCCCGAGGAUGUGAGGGCCAGUGUGACCUGCAUCACCGGCGAGGUGACAGUCAGCUGGAACAUCUCCAUUCCUUCAGAGAACUACACCACUGUCUUCUCCAGAGGAAUGGGCCAGGACCAAUACUGUAACUCCACAGAGACCCAGUGCAUCAUGAAAGGGUUGAUAUGUGGAAGCUCUUACACGGUGACUGUCUUCUCUGUCACCGGGUCGUGCUUCAGUCUGCCGAGUCCAGAUGUCACGGUGCAAACGUUGCCUUGUCCUCCCACCAGUGUCUCAGCCGCGCACACGUGUGCUCCUGAUCCUGUUCCUGUGUCAUGGGUCCCCAGUGACAGUGCCAAGUAUUACACUGCUGUCGCUGUGAGCAGUGGAGGCCAUAGGUCUGAGUGCACCACCAGUGGAUCUUCCUGCAGCCUUCCAGGACUACACUGUGGAGAGGUUUACACCAUUGGUGUUUCAGGAGCUGAUGACAGCUGUACAGGUCAACUGAGCAGCACCGUCUCCCUGGACACAGAGCCAUGCCCUCCCUCUAAUGUGUCCAGCCGGCUGAUGUGCAGCGCCACUGCUGCCCAGGUGUGGUGGGCCCCGAGUACAAACGCAGUGGGCUAUACUGUGGUAGCCAACACCAAUGGACAGAGCCUCACCUGCAACAGCUCUAGUCCCAACUGCACGCUGAGCAACCUGGUCUGCGGCCAAACCUAUGACAUUCUGGUGAAGGCCACAGACGGCUCCUGUGUCAGCAACUAUAGUGCCCCCUUCAGGCAAGACCAAGUGCCAUGUGCUCCAGGGAACGUCAGUACAGACUUGUCAUGCGUCACCAAUGAUGUAACAGUGAGCUGGACUGCAUCCGCUGUGCCCCUCAACUACAGUGCCACCGCCAUGCCGCUGGGUGGAAACGCUAGUGCUGUCACCUGCAGCACUAACAGUGCCAGCUGUGUACUUAGUGGCCUUCAGUGUGGCCAGACUUAUAAUGUCUCUGUCAAAGCAUCCUCAGGCAGCUGCAGUGGCUCAUACAGCCCCACACAGACACUUCGGACAGCACCGUGCUCCCCUCAGAGCUUAACAGCAGUCACAGACUGUGGUACAAACUUUCUUCGGGCCUCCUGGAACGCCUCUGUUGGUGCUACCUACUACACAGCGACACUGACGGGCCCCGGUGGCUUCUCUGAAACCUGCACCUCAUCCAAUCUCACCUGCUCUUUUGCUGGACUGCAGUGUGCCAGCCAGUACAAGCUCACGGUAACGUCCCAGGACAGCCUCUGCUCCAGCGCUCCCAGUCAAAGACCUUUGAUGACAGGACCAUGUGACCCGGUCAAUGUGACCAGCGUCCUCCAGUGUGGCUCAGACGCGGCCACAGUGUCCUGGGCUGCAGCUGCCGGGGCUGUGGCUUACACUGUCCACGCACAAGAGGCCAGCUCUCAACGUUAUGCAACCUGUAGGACUAGUACUACAUCCUGCCAGCUGAAUCAAUUGCAGUGUGGAAAAAUUUACAACGUGACUGUGAUGGCUGAGGAUGCCAACUGUAACAGCACUGGAGCAAGCAGAGCAGUCAUAAUGACAGCUCCUUGCUCUCCCUCUAUCCUGAGUAGCUCUCUGAUCUGUGGCACCAACUCCUCUCUUCUGUCAUGGAUGCCAAUGGUUGAUGCCACCGGUUACAUAGUCAAUGCAACAGCUGCAAAUGGCCACAGCGCUUCGUGCAACUCGGCCACUGCUUCGUGCACCCUGACAGAUCUCCUGUGUAGUGAGACCUACAUGGCCAGAGUCACUGCUCGAGGGGACCACUGUGACAGUGCACCUGGAACCAUUGCCAACAUUACCACAGUUCCCUGUUCUCCAGAUAUCAUAUCUAAGCGAUAUACCUGUAGCACCAACACAGCGGUGCUUAGGUGGACUGAACCUGUGGGGAGCCUCGGCUUCCAUGCUCAGGUAGCAGGACAAGGGUUUCAAGAUGGCUGCCACACUACUAAUACCAGCUGUGAGUUCCAGGAUCUUCCUUGUGGCCUGGAUUUCAGUGUAACUGUCCAAGCUCAGGGGGCAGAGUGCAACAGCAGCACAAGUGCCAGCAAAUCCCUUAAAACAGUUCCGUGUGCCCCGAGGAACGUGAGCGCCGCUCUGAUAUGCGCCAAUCACUCCGCCCUGGUGACAUGGGUGGGAAGCCCCAGUGCUCUAGGAUAUAAUGUGACAGUGACGGGCCAGGAUGGACACACACACCACUGCCACACCAACACUACCAGCUGUCAAGUCCCCAACAUCCACUGUGGUGAAACCUACAGCGUCACAGUUGCACCGUAUUCUGAGAUGUGCACAGGAAACCCAAGUGCAGCUUACAGCUUUAGAGCAGGCCUUUGCGCUCCCAGUAACACCAGUGUGUCCCAGGCUUGUGAGGACAGCACCGUCUCUUGGUCUCAUGUAACCGGGGCUGAUAUGUACAUAGCGACGGCAACUGCACCAGAUGGGCACACUCAUACCUGCAGCUCCAACUAUUCCAACACAUGCAAUUUCACUGACCUCCACUGUGGGGAAACUUAUUCUGUAGCUGUUGUAACUGUGGACAGGGGCUGUCAGAGCGAGCCAAGCUCGGCAGUGGAGCUGAGAACAGCUCUGUGUCCCUCCGCUAACUUCACGGGGCAUGUCACCUGUGACUCAAACAUGCUGACCCUCUCAUGGAGUCCGGUGAGCGGGGACACCUUCCUAUUAGAAACUGAGAGGAUAGACGGCACACACACUCCCUCAGUGCUCACGACAUCAAACACCUCACACACUUUGUCCAACCUGCCAUGUGGACAGAGGUAUGCCUUCCGCAUUGCAGCCCAGGAUGGAAACUGCCGCAGCAACUACAGUCCACCAAUAGAAAUAAGCACAGCUCCUUGUCAGCCCUCAAAUUUAACCGCCCGCGUGGACUGUGGGACGAAUAAUGGGAAUUUCUCCUGGGCUGAAAGCAGUGGAGCCGGCUUCUACACUGUUGAGGUGACAGGAGAACAUGGCCACGUCGCGUCUUGUUCCUCCAAUGACACCUCCUGUGCCGUGAAACUUGACUGUGGCCGCUCGUACUCCGCUACACUGGUGGCCUCCACAGAAAGCUGCAACAGCAGCAAACACACUGACAUUCAGUUUGACUCUGCUCCCUGUCUCCCUGACGACGUAUUAGCCGAGUUAGAGUGUAACACCAACGUGUUGAAUGUGAGUUGGACUCAGACCCAAGGCUCAGAUGACUACACCGCCUGGGCCAUCAGCACAGACGGACACAGGGCAUCCUGCAACUCAACAUCCAACCACUGCUGCAUUCAUGGGCUGCACUGUGGCAAGAUCUACGAGGUGGCUGUCACCUCCUCCUCCAUUCACUGCCAGAUCAUUGCUGGCUCCGACUACAAGGUUCAGUCUGCUCCUUGCAAACCUGAGAACACCUCCGUUGACCAGAACUGCAGCUCCAACGUCAUGACAGUGAAGUGGAACCAGGGUGGCGCAACACAGAACUACACCGUCAUGGCCACUUCUGCCUCCGGUGUUAACUCCACCUGUGUCUCCACUGAGAGCAGCUGCUCCUUCCUGGACCUGAGCUGUGGUCAGCGCUACACUUUCAGUGUGAUGGGACACACUAAUGUAUGCAUGAGUGAGAUCAGCACCCCUGUGGAGAAGCUCACUGCCCCAUGUUCUCCAACCAGUGUGUCAGCUGACCUGAACUGUUCCACACACAACGCUCUGGUCAGCUGGAGUAGUAGCGCUGAAGCCACAGGAUACAGCGUCCAGGCAACCUCCACCGACGGAGACAACUCGUCAUGCAGUGCAAUGGACACGUCCUGUACCCUUGACAACCUGGUGUGUGGGCAGGAAUACACUGUUGUCGUGGAGGGAAUGCAUACGGGCUGUCCUGGUCCUGCCAGUGCCCCUGCCACACUCACUACAGAGCCCUGUGUUCCUACGAAUGUCUCCGUCAGCUACAUGAUAAGCUCUGCCCUGGUGGUGUGGAGCCCAGCUGGCGGUGCCACCUCUUACUUUGCCAAGGCUCUGACAGACCAGGGCUCCAUGUUCACUUGUAGGGGCAGUAACACUUCCUGCGUCUUGACUGGUCUGCAGUGUAGUCAGAUCUACAACGUCACUGUAACAGCACGAAACCAGGUCUGUGACAGUAUGAUGUCCGAAACCUACCGCGUCAUGACAGAGCCAUGCCCACCCACAAACGUUCAGGCUAUUGUGGACUGUGAGCAGCUUAAUGCGACUGUGUCAUGGCAGCUGAGUGACCUCGCUGUGGGCUACGUUGCCUACUUUGCCAACCAAGAUGGACACAAUGCUUCCUGCGUUGGCACAUACACAGACACGAGUUGUGUCAUCUCAGGGCUGAUGUGUGGCGCAGUGUACAGUGUCUGGGUCAAGGCCCUGGGGCAGCAGUACAACAGCUCCGACAGCACAAUGGUCUCUCUUGUGUCAGGCCCUUGCCAGCCAAGCAGCAUCUUAGCCGUCAUGGACUGUGAGGCCUUCUCUACCACCAUAUCCUGGUCGCCCAGUGUCGGAGCUGUGUCCUAUGUUACCAUGCUUACUGCUUCUUCUGGUCACAAUGCCAGCUGCACCACCAACCACACACACUGUCAGCCGAGCUCCCUGCAGUGUGGAGAGAAAUACAGUGUGACCGUAAUAGCUCAAGGAGAGACCUGUAAAAGCUCUGCUCAAAUGUCAGGAUACCUCACAACAGGGCCCUGCGUUCCUAUGAACCUCUCGGUCCACUACAAUGUGAGCAAUGCCAAAGUGAUGUGGGGAGCAGCAAGAGGUGCCAGUUUGUACUCCGUUCAAGCUGUGACGGACCAAGGCCCGACCGCCACAUGUGACACCAACAACACUCACUGUUCCCUGACCAGUCUGCAGUGCAGCCAGAUCUACAACGUCACCGUGACGGCCCGAAACCAGGCCUGUAACAACACUGUGGUCUCUGCACCCUACCGCGUCAUGACGGAGCCCUGCCCACCAGCUAACGUUCAAGCCAGCAUACUGUGUGAGCAACUCACCGCGACAGUGUCCUGGCAGCUGAGUGACCUCGCUGUGGGUUACGUUGCCUACUUCGACAACCAAAACGGACACCGCACUUCCUGUGUUGGCUCAGACACAGACACCCAGUGUGCCGUCUCUGGGCUGAUGUGCGGCAUAGUGUACAGCGUCUGGGUCAAGGCAGUAGGGCAGCAGUACAACAGCUCUAAUAGUGCAGUGGUGUCUCUUACGUCAGCUCCAUGCCUGCCCAGAGCGAUAGAGGUAGAAGUCAAUUGUUACACAGAUGGUGCAGCUGUGGUGUCCUGGGAUUCCACUUAUGGCACAUCAAACAUUUCUCUGAUGGCUGUUAUCGGGGGAAGCCUUCAAACUCUGUGCACAACUCAGCGCAACAGCUGUAACGUGACAGGGUUAAGUUGCGGGGAGACCUACAAUCUCAGCCUCACCGCCACCAACGAGCAAUGCAGCCUCACAGCCCCAACACACACUAACCUCACCACACGUCCUUGCACUCCUCAGGGUGCAGCUGUCACCUUGCGAUGUGGCUCCCGUACUGCGGUCCUUUCCUGGGAUGAGAGAUCUGAUGUUGAACUGUACAUGGCAAGCGCCACAAAGGCGUCAGGAGACGAAGUGAUGAAGUGUAACACUACAGGAUCUACCUGUCAGUUCCCUGGUCUGGACUGUGGAGAAAUGUAUAACUUUACUGUCAAAGCGCACAUUCAAGGCUGCUUUAGCCAGGCCAGUAGCACUGUGUUCAUCCAAACAGAGCCCUGCCAGCCUGUGAUUGCCUCUGUUCAGGCGCUCUGUCAGAGCGAGCACGUCCAGAUCUCCUGGCACCAAGCGAGUGGCGUAGAUAAUUACUUAGUUACAGCCAAAGGGAGCCUCGGAUACACGCUGACCCACAACACGACCCAGGGCCUCCUGUCUGCCAGUUUACCGUGCGGACAGCACUAUAAUGUCACAGUGCAAGGACGGAGCAGCGAAUGUGACAGCGUCCCCAGCAGCCCCGCCUUCUUCAAAACCACCCCGUGUACGCCCAGGGAUGUGGCGACGUACGUGGAGUGUGAGUUUGACACAGGCUCUAUGAGCUGGGCGCCAAGUGAUGGGGCGGAAACGUACAUCGCCGUGGCAACAGGCCUCGAUGGACACAGUCACAGUUGUGUCACCGACAACACCUCCUGCACCUGGAGCGACCUGCACUGUGGGGAGGAGUACACCGUCGUAGUGAGGGCGAAGUCUGGGAACUGUAGCAGCCUGCCCAGCAACAGCUCAGUCAUCCACAUGGAGCCUUGUGUGCCCCAGAAUCUGUCCGUCUCCGUCGACUGUGGCAUGGACGUCGUUUCUCUGAGGUGGGAGGCCAGCAGUGGGUCAAACAUGUACACGGUGUCAGCAGAGGCAGGGGGCAAAUCAGUUGACCUCAGCACUAACAUCACCACGGCAGACUUCCCCUCGUUAACCUGCGGACAGAACUACAGCCUCACGGUCACACCUCUCAACCAGCACUGCCCUGGCAACUCCAGCGCAGCCACCUCCGUGCGGACGCGGCCGUGCCCACCCAUGGGAGUCUCCACCAGGCAGGACUGUCUCUCUAGCAUCGUCAUGGUAACCUGGCAGCCUGGUAACGGGUCAGACUACUACACAGCCACCAUGCAGACCGACACGGGCAUCUCUAAGAUGUGCAUGUCAGACAGCAACACAUGCAGCGUCCCUGGCUUGAUGUGUGGGCACAACUUCUCUGUGUCGGUCACAGCCUCCAACCAACAGUGUAACGUCACCUCUAGUCAGACCACAAGUCUGCAGUCAGUGCCAUGUGCUCCCGCUAACGUCUCGGUGGCGAUGGACUGUGCCAACAACACCGCCGUCGUGUCCUGGCCUGCGAGUCGGGGGGCUCGUCAGUACUUAGUGACAGCCCACAGUAGCCACGGCAACGACAGCUGCCAGACCUCUGACCUCCGCUGUAGCCUCGGCAACCUCACAUGUGGCAGCAGCUACACUGUCCGGGUGGUUGCCAUGGAUGACCGUUGCUCUAGUAUUCAGAGUCAGGCGCUGAUGUUCAGCUCAGGCCCCUGCCCACCUCAGAACGUGAGUGCCCAGGUGAGCUGUUCGUCAGACAGCGUGACCGUUUCCUGGGACGCCGUCAGAGAUGCUGACCACUUUUUGGUCUUGUUAACUGCGGAGAACGGAGGAACCGCCGGCUCGUGUAACACCACAAACACUGCAUGUUCCGUCAGCAAUGCCACGUGUGGAAAUACAUACUCAUUUCAGGUCACCUCUGUCAGAGGCGGCUGCCGCAGCCAGCACGGUCACGCCCACAGCAUCCAGACAGCUCCCUGCCAGCCUCAGGGAAUCAGAGGCAGGCUGGACUGUGUCACUAAUUCUGCGUGGAUAUCAUGGGAAGCUGCAUCUGGGGCGGACAGCUACCUGGUGUCAGCUUUGGGAGGAGAGGACCACGCAGCCAACUGCACUACGUCCACCAACUCUACAUGUGAGGUGGAAGACCUGGCCUGUGGGGUGCUGUACAACUUCAGCGUCACUGCUAAAAAUGCCAAGUGUGAGAGUCAGCCCAGUGCCGCCAUCAAGCUGCAGACAGCGCCCUGCUCCCUCUCUGCUAUCACAGCCUUCCCCCGGUGUCACAAUUCCUCCAUCCUCGUGACAUGGGGGCUCAUGGAGGGCGGCGAUGGAACCACUCUGUACACCGCUACGGCAGAAGCCAGCGAUCACACCUAUCUGUCCUGCAAUGACACCGGCACCAGCUGCUACCUCCACGGAGCUCAGUGCGACCUCCAUUACACCAUCAUAGUAGCUGCUUCAUCAGACCGGUGCAGCAGCAUGAGAAGUCCACCCUACAGAGUUAGCAUGGAGCCCUGUCCACCCAGAGAUGUGAUGGUGAAACCCUCCUGCGAGGACAGCAGUGCCUUGAUAUCCUGGGCUCCCUCUCCGGUUGCCGAAACCUACCACGUUGUCGCCACGGCUGCAGACGGACACGUGCACACAUGCAACGCCACUGCCUCCACUAACUGCAGCAUGUCCGAGCUCCACUGCGACCAGCGGUACACGGUGCUCGUGACCGCCAGCCACGAGAACUGCUCCAGCAAAGCCAGUCAAAAUGCAACACUGUACACAGGUCCGUGCCAACCGAGCGGACUCUCGGUUACUUUUGACUGCAACAAUCAGUCUGCGAUGCUGACAUGGGCGCCCAGCGAUAAUGCUGGAGACUACUAUGGCUGUGCCCAGGAUGGAAAUGGGACCAUGCUCUACUGUCACAGCACAACACCCUCCUGUUCUAUUGACAGCCUUAACUGUGGAACCGUCUACAAUUUCUCCGUCCAGGCCUCGGAUGGGGCAUGCAACAGCUCCUUCAGUGACCCUGUUCAGGGUGGAGCAGUUCCCUGUCCCCCAGAUGCUGUCGAGGUGCAGCUUCUGCCGAUGGCGAUGGAAGUCCAGGUGUUGCACUUCAGCUGGACACAGAUCGCCUGUGCGGACACAGAGUACCUGCUGACCUUGACGGGAAGUCUACUGGGAGACAGCGAGACAAUGUUCAAGAUCUCCUCCUACUGGACGAGCGUCACGUACUUUGAGGUUCCUCUCCCCUGCGGCUCAUCCUACGCCGCCACAGUGCAGAGCAGGAACGCGGCGGGAACGGGUGACAGCUCCGCGCCUCUCAAUGGAACCACAGGUCCAUGUCAGCCAUCAGGAGUGACGUACAGCGGCAACAGCUCCUUUGCAACGAUUUCGUGGGACGCCUCGGCGUACGCCACCGAGUACACCGUGUACGACAACGGUGUAACGCCGAGAGCCCAGCUGUGCAACACCACGGGGCUGUCCUGCUCUCUGUCCAACAUCGCUUCCACAAACCUGGUGAUCACAGCCAGUAACGCCGCUGGAGAAAGUGAAGCAACAAGCGUCACAGUUGUGACGACACAAGGACGCAGGAGGAGAGAUCUGAGCGAACAAAUGACGGUGAAGAGUGGCCUCUCGGCUCCGGUGCUGGACGUCACACAAGCAAUGUCGACGGUUAUCUUCAUCGAGUGGUCUCAAGCGGAGGCCGCUUCCCAUUACAGCCUGUUGGUCAAGAAGCAAGGCAGCACCGGUGAGCGCCAGGAGCUGACGGUGUACGGGGAAAGCAUCAUCCUCACCGAUCUGAGCCCCGACUCCAACUACUGUUUCACCGUGACGGCCAUUUACGCUCAGGCCGACAGCGGAGCAGAGUCGGAGCCUGUGUGCGUCCAAACAGGACAAGGGUUUUCACAGUAAAAGUAAUUCUCCUGAUCCAAACCAGGAGACAAGGAGUAAUCUUUUCCUCGUUCGUUCAACCUUAAAUCCUGGGAUUAGUGUGGGUUUCCCACGAGAUUUGCAUUUCUACGGGUUUACAAUAAAUUGCGCAAUUUCUAAUUAAAGCUUGAGCUGCUACAUUAGAUGACAGUGUAUAGAUGUCUUCAAAAUAUGACUAUUUUUUUGUAUAAACCCUUUUAUAGAAGUAGGUUUUGUCUGUUUGGUGGUUCCGUGUUUUAUAUACAGGGAUUUGUUCCUCUGCUUUUUAUAUUCACUUUUUGUAAAUGAUAUAGUAGCCCUCUUAAAGGUAAUAUAUAUAAAUCAAAGUGUUUUAACACGUGCAUUGUAUUUUCUUUUUGCCAUUUCUAUUGUGUAAUUUAAUAUGCAACUUAUUUGCAGACUAUAUUCUAAUUAAACUAUUCCAGGUA